CAAUCUUUGAGGGAACUUCCGCUUGUGUGGGAGGAGCUUAACCACCACGCACAUGUUUACUAGGGUAGGGGGAGGGGUGCUAACCUUAGGAGUGAAUGGUUGGCACUUGAAGUGCCAGGAGAAUGUCUGCUAAUGCUCUGGUUUGCAUUGUUUGGAUUCAUCCUAUGGAUUUUUUUUCAACUGCGAAAGAUUAAUAACAGCCGAAUUGAGAUGCCCGAGAAAGGAAAGGAAUCACCAGUGGGUGACAGCCCCCCUGCACUUCAAGAGGAUGUGCCUGCUGCCCACUCCUCUCAUCCAGGCCAACAGUGUAUCUCAACGCAGCCUGAGGAGCACAGACUCCAAGCUGAGGGACUUGAUGUGAAAGAGCAACAACAGCCCCUCACUGCACAAGAACCUUCAACAACCAAUGUGCCAAUGCUCCGAUCCGGGCUCAGGGCGAGGGAGCGUCUCAAGUUUAUUCUGGGAGCCUCGGAGGACAAUUCUUCAGACGAGGAGCCUUUAGCUGCCAAACCGCCAAGUGGUCCUCCACAGCCGUCAACCUCUGCUGCCAAGUCUUCUCGUCAUCAGACGUCCACUGAAGUGCCACAGCUCAACUCGGGCAUGAAGCCCAGCAUGUCUGGUCUUCACUUGGUUAAAAAAGGACGCGAACACAGAAAGAUGGAUCUUCCGAGAGACUUCACUGUGGCUUCACCUGCAGAGUUUGUCACCCGCUUUGGUGGAAACCGUGUCAUCGAUAAAGUGCUUAUCGCUAACAACGGCAUAGCUGCAGUCAAAUGCAUGCGGUCUAUUCGACGCUGGUCUUACGAGAUGUUCCGAAAUGAGAGGACCAUCCGCUUUGUGGUGAUGGUAACUCCUGAAGAUUUAAAAGCUAAUGCAGAAUAUAUCAAAAUGGCAGACCACUACGUGCCGGUGCCUGGUGGGCCAAACAAUAACAAUUAUGCCAAUGUAGAGUUGAUAGUGGACAUUGCCAAAAGAAUCCCAGUGCAGGCAGUGUGGGCCGGCUGGGGCCACGCCUCAGAAAAUCCCAAACUACCCGAGUUGUUGAAUAAAGCAGGAAUUUCAUUUUUGGGGCCAUCCAGUAAAGCUAUGUGGGCUCUUGGAGAUAAGGUGGCUUCCUCAAUUGUGGCCCAGAGUGCAGAUAUUCCCACAUUACCGUGGAGUGGCUCAGGUCUGAGAGUGGACUGGACAGAGAAUGACCAAGUACCCGGCAAUGUAAUCAGUGUUCCUCCUGAGAUCUACACACAGGGCUGUGUUUUGGAUGUGGAUGAUGGUCUGGCGAGAGCUGAGAGAAUUGGUUAUCCUGUUGUCAUCAAAGCAUCAGAGGGUGGUGGAGGAAAAGGUAUUCGGAAAGUAGAAAGUGCGGAUAGUUUUCCAACCUCAUUUAGGCAGGUUCAGACAGAAGUUCCUGGCUCGCCCAUUUUCAUCAUGCAGCUAGCCCAGCAUGCAAGACACCUGGAGGUUCAGAUACUGGCUGAUGAAUAUGGUAACGCUAUCUCUCUAUUUGGUCGAGAUUGCUCCAUUCAAAGAAGGCACCAGAAGAUUAUCGAGGAAGCCCCCGCAACUGUAGCUGCAUCCUUGACAUUUGAGCAUAUGGAGCAGUAUGCUGUUAGACUAGCCAAAAUGGUGGGCUAUGUCAGUGCUGGAACUGUGGAAUAUCUUUUCUCUGAAGACGGAAGUUUUCAUUUUUUGGAGCUGAAUCCUCGUCUACAGGUAGAACAUCCCUGUACAGAGAUGAUUGCAGAUGUAAACCUUCCAGCAGCCCAACUUCAGAUUGCCAUGGGCAUCCCACUUUACAGAAUCAAAGAUAUUCGUUUGCUCUAUGGAGAAACUGCAUGGGGUGACAGCAUUAUUAACUUCGACACUCCAGAAUGCCCACCUAGUCCAAGAGGACACGUCAUAGCUGCUCGGAUCACCAGUGAGAACCCCGAUGAGGGGUUCAAACCCAGCUCAGGCACUGUUCAGGAGCUGAACUUCCGUAGCAGUAAAAAUGUCUGGGGUUACUUUAGUGUCGGCGCAACUGGGGGUCUGCAUGAAUUUGCUGACUCACAGUUUGGACACUGUUUCUCCUGGGGUGAAAACCGAGAAGAAGCCAUAUCGAACAUGGUGGUGGCUAUGAAGGAACUGUCAAUCAGAGGUGACUUCAGGACCACUGUUGAAUACCUCAUUAAGCUACUUGAAACUGAGAGCUUCCGAAACAAUGACAUAGACACUAGCUGGCUGGAUCACCUCAUUGCAGAGAAAGUGCAGGCAGAGCGACCAGACACAAUGUUGGGAAUUGUGUGCGGGGCUUUGCAUGUUGCAGAUGCAAACUUCAGAAAGAGCAUGUCAGACUUUCUACACUCAUUAGAAAGAGGUCAAGUCCUGCCUGCUGCUAGCCUGCUCAACUCUGUAAGUGUAGAUCUUAUAUAUGAAGGAGUCAAGUUCUGCUUGAAGGUGGCUCGCCAGUCCCCAACAACGUAUGUCAUCAUAAUGAAUGACUCAAAUAUUGAAAUAGAUGUCCACGGCCUCAGUGAUGGUGGCCUUCUUCUCUCUUAUGAUGGCAGCAGCCAUACCACCUAUAUGAAAGAGGAGCUUGACAGCUACCGCAUCACUGUUGGGAACAAGACUUGCGUAUUUGACAAAGAAAAGGAUCCCACUGUUCUGAGAUCGCCUUCAGCUGGUAAACUGCUUCAGUAUGUGGUUGAAGAUGGUGUUCAUAUUUGCACAGGAGAGACCUACGCAGAGAUCGAGGUGAUGAAGAUGGUGAUGACUCUGACUGUGGAGCAGGCAGGACAUAUACAUUUUAUUAAGAGACCUGGUGCAGUGCUGGAGUCCGGCUGUGUGAUGGCCCAUAUGAACUUGGAUGACCCCAGCAGCAUACAUCGGGUUGAGCUCAAUACUGCCACGCUACCGCCUCAGCACCCAUUGCCCAUAGUUGGAGAAAAGCUCCACCAGGUGUUCCACAGCAUCCUCGAAAACUUAGUCAAAGUAAUGGAUGGCUACUGCCUCGAAGAGCCCUACUUUAGCACCAAGUUGAAACAGUGGGUAGCAACCCUCAUGAAGACUCUGAGGGAUCCCUCUCUUCCACUGCUGGAGCUGCAAGAGAUCAUGACUAGUGUGGCGGGCCGGAUCCCAACGGGUGUUGAGAAAGAUAUCCGUAAAGUCAUGGCCCAAUAUGCCAGCAACAUCACCUCUGUUUUGUGCCAGUUUCCAAGCCAAAGGAUUGCAAAUAUUCUCGACAGCCAUGCUGCUACUCUACAGAGAAAGGCGGAUCGAGAAGUGUUCUUUAUCAACACUCAGAGUAUUGUUCAAUUGGUACAGAGGUACCGCAGUGGCAUACGUGGUUACAUGAAGUCUGUUGUUCUGGACCUGCUCAAGCGAUACCUUCAAGUAGAGAUCGAGUUUCAGCAAGCUCACUACGACAAGUGUGUUAUCAACUUGAGGGAACAGUACAAGCCUGACAUGAGUCCUGUACUGGAAUGCAUUUUUUCUCAUGCCCAGGUCUCCAAAAAGAACAUCCUGGUCACAAUGCUCAUCGAUCAACUGUGUGGAAGGGAUCCGACUUUGGCAGAUGAGUUGAUGGUGAUUCUUAAUGAACUAACUCAGCUCAGUAAGAUGGAGAAUUCAAAGGUAGCCUUAAGAGCCAGACAGGUACUGAUCGCCUCUCAUUUGCCGUCUUAUGAACUGAGACACAACCAAGUAGAAUCCAUCUUCCUCUCUGCUAUUGACAUGUAUGGCCAUCAGUUCUGCCCUGAGAACCUGAAGAAACUCAUCCUCUCUGAAACGUCAAUAUUUGAUGUGUUGCCAAAUUUCUUCUACCACUCCAAUCAAGUUGUGUGUAUGGCAGCACUGGAGGUGUAUGUGCGCAGAGCUUACAUCGCCUAUGAGCUCAACAGUAUCCAACAUCACAAGCUGAAGGAUGGAACGUGCGCUGUAGAUUUUCAAUUCAUGCUGCCAUCAUCACAUCCCAACAGAGGGAGCAGCCCUACUCUGAACAGGCUUCCUGUCCCACUGAAUUCUUCAGGCCAAUUAAAGAUGCGGCGGCAGAGCAGUGAUCUUUUCUUGGAAGGAGCUCUAUCUCCACCAUGUCAACGAAUGGGCGCUAUGGUGGCGUUCCAGUGUUUUGAUGAUUUCAAAAGGAACUUUGACGAAGUUCUCUGCAGCUUUGCAGAGCCUCUGCUGGAGAGCCAGCCGUUUUUAGAGUCCUGCUCCAGUUUUUACGAAGAUGAGAACUUCAAGAACACAAGGGAGAAUCCAAUCCACAUCAUUAACGUGUCAAUAAAAACGGCAGACACUGAGGAUGAUGACGACUUGGUGACCGCCUUCACAUCCUUCGCCCAGUCUAAGAGAUCAUCCCUUUUUGAAUAUGGCAUCAGAAGAAUCACAUUUUUGGUUGCACAGAAGAGGGAGUUUCCCAAGUUCUUCACUUUCAGAGCAAGAGAUGGGUUCCAGGAAGAUCGGAUCUACCGUAACCUGGAGCCAGCUUUAGCCUUUCAGCUCGAAUUGAAUCGCAUGAGGAACUUUGACCUGACUGCCGUUCCCUGUGCAAACCACAAAAUGCACCUUUACCUGGGAGCUGCUCGUGUACAGGAGGGUGCUGAAGUUACAGAUUACAGAUUCUUCAUUCGAGCUAUUAUUCGCCACUCUGAUCUGAUUACAAAGGAAGCAUCUUUUGAGUAUCUUCAGAAUGAGGGAGAACGUCUUCUGCUGGAGGCCAUGGAUGAAUUGGAGGUGGCCUUCAGUAACACAAAUGUGCGCACAGACUGCAACCACAUCUUCCUUAAUUUUGUCCCUACGGUCAUUAUGGACCCAUCUAAAAUUGAGGAAUCUGUCCGAUCCAUGGUGAUGCGCUAUGGAAGCCGUCUUUGGAAGCUGCGAGUCCUGCAAGCCGAGCUGAAAAUCAACAUUCGUCUGACUCCCACUGGACACGCCAUUCCGAUUCGUCUUUUUUUGACGAAUGAGUCUGGCUAUUACUUGGACAUCAGUCUGUAUAAGGAGGUGACCGAUCCAAGUUCUGGACAAAUUAUGUUCCAGUCAUAUGGUGACAAACAGGGACCCCUGCAAGGCAUGUUGAUCAACACUCCCUAUGUCACCAAGGACUUGCUGCAAGCGAAGCGUUUUCAGGCUCAAACUCAAGGCACAACAUACGUCUAUGACUUCCCAGAGAUGUUCAAGCAGGCUCUGUUUAAGCAAUGGGGUUCUGGGGAUAAAUACCCGAAAGAUAUGCUGAUGUGCACCGAGCUGGUUUUGGACCCACAAGGUCGACUGGUGCAGCUGAACCGCUUGCCUGGGGACAAUGAUGUCGGAAUAGUUGCGUUCAAGAUGAAGAUGAAAACUCCAGAAUAUCCAGACGGUCGAGACAUUGUUGUGAUCUGCAAUGACAUCACCCACAUGAUUGGGUCUUUUGGACCGCAGGAAGAUGAGUUGUUCCUCAGGGCUUCCGAGUUGGCGAGAGCUGAGGGAAUCCCUCGCAUUUACAUUGCUGCCAAUAGCGGCGCGCGCAUUGGUCUUGCUGAGGAGAUCCGACACAUGUUCCAGGUCGCAUGGAUUGACCCCUCUGAUCCAUACAAGGGUUUUAAGUAUCUUUACCUGACACCACAUGACUACACGCGUAUCAGUGCCACCAAUUCGGUGCACUGCCACCACGUGGAAGAAGGAGGGGAAUCCAGGUACAUAAUUACUGACAUCAUCGGAAAGGAUGAAGGUCUCGGGGUUGAGAACUUGCGAGGUUCAGGCACUAUUGCUGGAGAAUCUUCUCAGGCGUAUGAAGAAAUCAUUACCAUUAGUAUGGUGACCUGUCGUGCUAUCGGAAUUGGGGCAUAUUUAGUACGAUUGGGCCAGAGAGUGAUCCAAGUGGAGAACUCGCACAUCAUCCUGACAGGGGCAAGUGCGUUGAACAAGGUUCUGGGCAGAGAGGUCUAUACCUCCAACAACCAGCUGGGUGGCAUCCAGAUCAUGCACAACAAUGGAGUCACACACACUACUGUGCCAGAUGAUUUUGAAGGGGUCUUCACCAUUCUCCAGUGGCUUUCCUACAUGCCAAAGAGCAAACACUCCCCUGUGCCCGUUGUACCAACAUCAGAUCCAGUUGAUAGAGAGAUCGAGUUCACUCCUACCAAAGCACCAUAUGACCCCCGUUGGAUGCUGGUUGGGAGACCCCACCCCACAGUGAGAGGUUCCUGGCAGAGUGGAUUCUUCGACCACGGCUCCUUCAUGGAGAUCAUGGGCUCCUGGGCUCAGACAGUUGUAGUAGGCAGAGCUCGAUUAGGAGGGAUCCCUCUUGGUGUAAUUGCUGUAGAAACACGGACUGUUGAGUUAACCAUCCCAGCUGAUCCUGCCAACUUAGAUUCAGAAUCAAAAGUUCUGCAACAGGCUGGACAAGUGUGGUUUCCAGAUUCAGCCUUUAAAACAGCCCAGGCGAUUUGCGACUUCAACCGUGAGCGACUGCCGCUCAUGGUGUUUGCCAACUGGAGGGGCUUUUCUGGUGGAAUGAAAGAUAUGUAUGACCAGGUAUUAAAGUUUGGAGCUUACAUUGUGGAUGCACUUCAUGGCUUCCACCAGCCUGUGCUGGUGUACAUUCCACCACAUGCUGAACUGAGAGGGGGGUCCUGGGUUGUUAUUGACCCUACUAUUAACCCUCUGUGUAUGGAGCUCUAUGCUGACAGAGAGAGCAGAGGUGGUGUUCUAGAAGCUGAGGGAACAGUGGAGAUCAAAUUCAGGAAAAAGGACCUGCUAAAAACCAUGAGAAGACUAGACUCCGUCUAUGCUGGUCUGGUUGAGAAGCUUGCUUCUUUAGAUCUUCCUGAGAAACAAUGUAGAGAGCUGGAGGCAAAGCUCAAAGCAAGGGAAGAAUUCCUUUUGCCCAUCUACCACCAGGUGGCAGUGCAGUUUGUGGAUCUUCACGAUACCCCUGGCAGAAUGCAGGAGAAAGGUGUUAUCACUGAUAUUUUAGACUGGAAAAACGCACGGCCCUUUUUCUACUGGCGUCUCCGUCGACUCCUUUUGGAGCAGGUGGUGAAGUACGAAAUUCUCAAGGCCAACAAAGACCUCAGUGACGGACACAUGCAGUCCAUGCUGCGUCGUUGGUUUGUUGAAACUGAGGGAACAGUCAAGGCAUAUCUGUGGGAUAACAACCAAGCAGUAGUUGAGUGGCUUGAAAGACACUGGUCCAAAGAAGAUGGCAUUCGAUCCGCCAUCCGAGAGAAUAUCAAGUACCUAAAAAGGGAAAAUGCCUUGAAACAUAUCCGCAGUCUGGUUGAGACCAACCCGGAUGUCGCCAUGGACUGCAUCAUCCACAUGAGCCAGAACAUUACUGCAUCACAAAGGGCCAAGCUCUCUCAUCUUCUUGCUACAAUGGACAACAGCAACACCAGCUAAACUGCGGAACAGUUUUAAGGCUUGUAUUAUCAUAAAAGAGUUCUGGAUACUUUUCCACAUUCAAAUGAACUUUUAAAAGUACCAUGGUAAAGAACUCCUAAUGAACCACUUUGUAUGAAAUAGUAUUGAGGCAGUCUAAAAGUAGAAUGUAAAAUGUCAACUUACAAUACCCACUACAGUUCAAUAAUCACACAAGGAUGUUGCUGUCGGAUCAUGGAAGACCAUUUCAGUCUAGGAUGCUAUGUUUGAUUUAAAAACUGUCACUGUAAUGCACAUUGCACUUCUGCUUUUCUAUAUACAUGACACUGGUGUUACUUUAGCCUUAUAUGCACACACACAGCUUUGUAUUUAUAGUGGAGGAGAUGGUUGUGCAAAACAGUCUCACAUACACCGAUAAUUGUGUAAAGAUCUAAGUCGCGGUGCUAAUAUUUAGCGCUAUGCACAAUUAGUAUUGCAGCGUAUGUAGUACAAGGGUCCUGAUCAUUUUCAUUGAUUUGUAAGCAUACAACAUACCAUCUAACAUGAAUGAAAGUAACAUAUUUCAGAAAUUUUAUGGUGCUAUGAACUAAGACACCAAAUAUACUAUUUAAUACUGAGAAUUUUUGUUUGACCUUUCAGCUACAAAUAUAACAUUUCACGUGAAUGUAUAUAAGCUGUUAUUUUUGACAAAUGUGGGAAUAAAUAUCACUGGUUUAUUUUUGGCAAAAGAAACAUUUUAUUUACCCAUUCAUUUUUUGAUGGAACAUUAAUAUGCAUUUAAUAUUCCAAUCAACAUGUUAAUCACAAAUGUAAGCUGUUGUAAAAAAAAAAAAAAAAAAAAAAAAGAACUGAAAAACACAGUGGUACAUGUUGACAUUUUGGAAUGAAGUUGGGUAAAAGAGUCGAGAGAAAGAUUUUCUGUGGUAAUAGCCAUUUGAACAUUCAAAUAUAUACAGCAAAAGGUUGACGGAAAUUGUCAACUUUCCUAGCUGCCUUUUUUAUAAAUAUAAAUAAAACAACACAGAGAUAAUGUCUAUCACAGUACAUCAUACAAAAGACAGAACUACAAUAUAGAAGGCUUUUCAAACAGAUUAGGGAUUUUAAAAAAUUACAUUUCCUUAAGCUUUUGUUUGUACUUACACAAGCAUUUCGGAGGCUUUGCUUGGCAAAGCUUGAUAUUAUAAUGUCUUUAAAUGCUUUUCUGCCACGUCUUUAAAAAAAAAAAAAAUGUCUUGAUGAACUCUCCAUUUUGAUAGUUCCCGGCUGAUUUGUACAAAAAAAAUGCCUUCACUUGGUGUCUUGGACAAGAUAUCCUCAAAAAGAAUAGUGUUGCUUUAAAGCAAGACGAUGGGCUUGCUGCUGGCUGGUGAGCUCAUGUAUUGUGAGGACAGGGAAUCCUGUGACGUGUAUGAAGUGUACAAACCCGUCACCUGUACGUCUGACAGCGGCAGGCUUGCUCCGCUGGAGGCAGGCGGGAGGCUGCUCCCCAAAUCACAGUCCGAUAGUCGCAGUGGGGAGUUAGUGAAUGUGCCCAAUGCAUCCAAGUUAAAGCUGUCGUCCUUCAUUUCCUCCCACAGGUUACCUGAAGUAAGAUUGAUAGAAUAAAUUCAGGGUUUACACUAGGCCUGAACGAUAUUGGAAAAAACUAUUGCUGCGAUUUUUUUUGGGGUUUGCGAUAUAUUGCGAUAUUAUAUUGCGAUAUUUAAAAAAAAAAUUGGGGGGGAACCACAGUGUACAGUAUACCAUCAUUUUUCACGGUCAAUAGGGACCAGAACCCACCGCGAUAAGUGAAAAACCGCGAAGCAGCGCAUAACCCCCCCAUUUUUUUGUGUGUGUGUGUGUGUGUGUGUGCUCAAUGUAUUUAUUCAGAUCGGGCACUGGAAAGAGAUCCAUAAAGACAUGUUUUUUUCUCACUUUUUUCCCACCAAAGUAUGAUUUUAAUAUAUGUAUAUAAAAAUAAAUGCUUUUUAAGCACUUCAGAUGUAAUAAUUAUGAUCAGUUUUAAACAUAACUGUCCCACGGAAUCAUUUUUAAAUAAGAAUAAAGUACUGUAGUAGAAAAAUGCUUGGCUUUAUUAAAUGCUUACAUGCUAACAUGGCUGUGACUCUUGGAGUGACAUGUUGAAAUUACAAACUCCUCAUAAUCACUUGUGGCGUUUAUUUUAUAUGUCUCGAAAGCAGGGCCAGCCCAGCCUAUACGCAGACUAUGUAGCUGCUUAGGGCCCCUGACCACUAGGGGGCCCCCAAUUUUGCAAUUGUUUAAUUUAUAUUCUAUUUUGUUUACUACAGUUUGCUUUAUUUGACUUGUGUGACUUUUGAUACUUGAUUACAAGCUUAAAAAAAUAAAAGUCCUUCCUUAACUUCUUUAUUUUCUCUUUUAGAAAAAGGUUUGGCGCUAUCUACUGUAAGUUCUGACAAUCAUUUGGGGUGAGAAGUUUGAAGUAUGCAGUGCAACAAAAUCUGAUUAAUAUACAAAUUAUGGACGUAUGGGUUGGAUUGCAUGUAUGGGUUUCACAGUACACUGACGUAAUGGUGGGCCAAAAAUAUGGGCCUCUUUGCAUUAUUUUGCUUAGGGCCCCCAAAUGGCCUGGGCCGGCCCUGCUCGAAAGUCUCCACAUUCUCCCCCCACAGACACACACAUUCAUUCCAGCCCGCGCUUCCUUGCAGAAACUGUUUAAUAAGUUAAACGAUGAUUGACAGAUUGCUGUCCAGCUUCUUUGGCCAGAUCAAAGCCAUCGUUAACUUUAAUAAGCAAGUGCCGCAGUGACAAAGCUGGGAAAGGGGGUGAGAGAGGCUGUGCGAGCGAAUGAAACAGAACAAAGGUUCGUGGAUUGGAAAAAAAGUAACUAUCGCACGUCCCUGCGAUGGGACUAUCGCGCAUGCGCACAUCGUGAUGGCGAUGUUUAAACGAUAUAUCGUUCAGGCUUAGUUCAGCAAUCUUAACUUUAUUUUUGUUGAUGUAACUUGCUCAAUACAGCAUUUUCCAACAUUGACACCUAAAGUGGUAUGAAAAAGUUUUUGAACCCUAUGGAAUUUCUCACAUUUCUGCAUAAAAUCACCAUCAAAUUUGAUCUGAUCUUUGUCAAAAUCCCAGAUGAAACAACAGUGUCUGUUUUAACUAAAACCACCCAAACAUUUAUAGGUUUUCAUAUUUUAAUGAGGAUAGUAUGCAAACAAUGACAGAAGGGGAAAACAAAGGUAACUGAACUAUCACAUUUAAUAUUUUGUGGUCCCCCAUUUGGCAGAAAUAACUUCAACCAGUUGCUUCCUGUAGCUGCAGAUCAGUCUCGCACAUCGAUCAGGACUAAUCUUGGCCCAUUAUUCUCUACAAAACUGCUGUAGUUCAGUCAGAUUCUUGGGUUGUCUGGCAUGAAAUGCAUGUCUUUAAGUCAUGCCACAGCAUCUCAAUAGGGUUCCAAUCUGGACUUUGACUUGGCCACUCCAGAACCUGUAUUUCGUUCUUCUGAAACCAUUCUGAAAUUGAUUUACUUCCGUGUUGUUGAUCAUUGUCUUGUUGCAGCAUCCAUCCUCUUUUCAGCUUCAACUGUCUGAUAGACAGCCUCAGGUUUUCCUGCAAAACUUUUGAAUUCAUUCUUCCAUUAAUUAUUGCAAGUUGUCCAGGCCGUGAGGUAGCAAAACAGCCCCAAAUCAUGAUCCUCCCUCCACCAUGCUUCUAGGUGGGGAUGAGGUGUUGAUGUUGUUGAGCUGUUCCAUUUUUCUUCCAGACAUCAUUGUGUGUUACUUCCAAACAACAACUUUGGUUUCAUCAGUCCACAAAAUAUUUUGCCAAAACUUCUGUGGAGUGUCCGAGUGCCUUUUUGUGAACAUUAAACGAGCAACUAUGUUUUUUUUUGUUUUGUUUUUUUUGACAGCAGUGGCUUCCUCCGUGGAGUCCUCCCAUGAACACCAUCCUUGGCCAUAGUUUUACAU